GGGGGGGAGGAGGAGGAGGAGUGUGUUCCGGGUUUUCACGCUGGCACCAUGUCCGCUGCCCUGCAGCGCUGAACUGCUGCACUUCAGAAACACACACAGAAAAGUUACGUCGAGUGAACUGACGUAUGCCGCGGCGGCUCGACUAGUCGGUUCGGUUCCGGUGUUAAACUCAGCCUUACCGAGCGGGUCUGCCCUCCCUACAUGCGAUGACCACCGCGAACUACGGCGGCAGCGAGGAGCUCGACUUCAGACUGGUGUUUGGGGAGGACACUCAGCUGACGUCGUUAGGCCACACAGAUGCGAGAGCAGAUAAUGGUGCGGCUUGCUACCCCAUGCCUGUGUUCCAGGACCAACCCAUUGUUCAGCCGCCUCCAGGUCCGCAGGGUGGCCAACUUCCCUCCAGCUGUGCUGCUCCCAGUUCCAGCUACAGCUCCGUGGAUUCCCCCAGCCGUGUGUUUGACUGCCCUAGCAUCCAGAUCACCUCCAUCCCAGCCAGCUUCCAGCAUGACCCCCUGAAUGUCAUCCAGGAUGGAGGGGUUCUGGAGCAACAAGGAGCUUCCGCACCUCUGGUUUCCCGCGACCAGCUGUACCUGCCUUUGGAUGCGUCCUACAGGGAUGCACUCUGCCCAAGUCCUUGCAGCAGUCUGUCGUCCCGCAGCUGGCUCUCAGAUGCCUCCUCAUGUGAGUCUUUCUCCCACAUAUAUGAUGAUGUAGAUGCGGAGCUGAAUGAAGCGGCAUCCCGUGUCCGCUUGGGUUCACCACUCGUGUCUCCCCUGGGGUCUCCACUGCCUUCUCCACUCACAUCGCCCCAGGCAUCCCCACAGGUGUCUCCAAUGGUGUCACCCUUCGGUUCACCCAGCUGUGCCUACGCUGAAGAUCCUUGGUUCAGAUACCAGCAGCAGCAGCUACAACAGCGCCUGUACACUCGUUCACUAUCACCUCACCAGUCACCCUACCAAUCACCAAGUGCUAGUGUUACUGAAGAAACCUGGCUCAGCCCACAACCACGUGCCUCCUCACCCUCCAGGCCUUCCUCUCGUCCCACUUCACCAUGUGGGAAGAGGCCGUAUUCUAGAGCCGAUGCUGUGCCGGGGUCAUCCUCGCCUCAUCUUUCUCCCAGCCCAAGUCCGUCUCACUCUCCACGGGGCAGUGUGACUGAAGAGACCUGGUUGGGAAGUCCAGGAGCAAUGGCUGCCUCCUUCCAGGCCUGUUCAUCUGAGAUGGACAUCCCAACUAAAACCAGAAGGACUUACCACACUCAGGAGCCCACGUACCUACUUCUUGGACAGGGGGAUUCAGGGCUAGAAGACUACAGCCACAUCACAUCUCCAUCUUUGGAUUCAAGCAUAGAAGGGUCACUGUCCACCCUGAAGAAAGAGGACAUAGGGGAACACUACUUAUCUGUUCCUCUGGCCUUCGCAUGGCGAAAACCUAAACAAACGCAAACUCCUUUAUUCAGGUCUACAUCUUUACCCUCACUGGAAAGCCCUUUGCCCAGUCAGUUUGGGCAGUUUGAGCUAAAGUUGGAAAUACAGCCUAAACCCCACCACAGAGCCCAUUAUGAAACAGAAGGCAGUCGAGGAGCAAUAAAAUCUCCUUGUGGAAGACACCCUGUUGUAAAGCUUAUCGGUUACAGUGAGAAACAAGUCAGCGUACAGAUGUUCAUUGGCACAGCAGAUGAUCGUCACGUGCGACCACAUCCAUUCUAUCAGGUGCACAGGAUUACUGGCAAAACAGUGGCCACUCCAAGCCAGGAGAUGAUAAUUGGCGGCACCAAAAUUCUUGAAAUUCCCCUGCUCCCUGAAAACAGCAUGUCUGCCAGCAUUGACUGUGCUGGGAUACUGAAGCUAAGAAACUCUGACAUUGAGUUACGGAAGGGAGAGACAGACAUCGGGCGCAAGAACACACGUGUGCGAAUUGUGUUUCGUGUCCAUAUUCCUCAGGCCAAUGGAAAAAUGCUGUCAUUGCAGGCAGCCUCCAUACCUAUAGAGUGCUCUCAGCGGUCAGCCCAGGAACUCCCUCAGAUAGAUAACGUCAGUCCUACCUGUGGUUCUGUGAUUGGUGGUCAGGAGAUGCUGAUCACAGGCCCAAACAUCACUCCAGAGUCAAAGGUCAUCUUUCUAGAAAAAGGCCCUGAUGGCAAAACUCAGUGGGAGGUGGAUGCUAGAACAGUAUGUGAAAAGAGUAAAGAUAUGAGUAUUGUGGUGAAAAUCCCUCCAUAUCAUAAGAGGAUCUUGGCAUCCUCCACUCAGGUACAGUUUUACAUCAGCAAUGGCAAGAGAAAGAGGAGCCCUCCUCAUCGCUUUACCUACGUCACAGCAGUGCAAGUAAAGCAGGAAUUUGACAGUGUUGGAGAGAAUGCUGUCUGUGAUCCGGCUCAGUUCAUCGGUGCUGAGGCCCAGCUGCCCUCCGACCAGGUCCACCCUCUGGAGCAAUGGCUCUACUCUGAAGGCCCAGUUUGUGUUCCAUCGUCAACUCAGCUUAGCUACUCUCCAGGGGGUUCUUCAUAUCUUAACCGGCAUUAUCCUCCAGAUGGUAAUCUCAGCGCUGGACCUGAGCUUCACUCCAUAUUCCACUCACCCUCACUGGAUUUCUCCAAGCCCUCAUUCCAGUCACCUCAGCAGAACAUAUCAUACAAUGGCCAGCCCAAUGUUCACAGUGACAUAGUCAGUGGGGGGAAAUCUUCACCUCUGAUGUCUAAUCAAGCAAAGUCUCUUCUGGUUAUUGGACAUCACAGCUCUCCUGGAGGUGCUCAUUCUUUGAAUCCUUUUCCUUCUCCGAGAUAUAAUGAGGGCUAUAUAAGCCCUACUUCAGGUUCAAACCAACCUGAUCUAAGUAGCCUGAAUCACCAUAGUUCCAGUAAUGAUCAUGUGGACUUGCAGGGGCUGUCAAAGUCCUGUUUGGCCUGUUUGGAGUCACCUGUCUCCCAGCAGCCUUUAGCUUAUACUGUAGUGCCUUCUACCUCAGCCUUAACCCUUAUAGACACAAACUCCACCAAAACAUCUCCCAUCUCCCUGCCGGAAUCUGGGGCAAGUGGGCCCAAGACCUCCACAGUUCCUAAAGUUUCACAAGAUCAUAAGGAUGGUACAAAGCCUAAUAUAAAAGAGGAACCUGAAGAAAAGGAGCUUACUUUCCAGUCUCUUGGGCUACAGGAUAUAACUCUCGAUGAUGUGAGCGAGAUCAUUGUCAGAGACUUGUUCCAGAGUCCAGAUCCUGCAGGGGAUUCUUAUAGCUUGCCAUAGCAGCACUGUUACUGAGUCAGAUCCUCUGACAUGAUCAAGUUGUACUGUACAUACUGUAAUGUAUUUUAUCUGCCUUAUACUUUUAAAAGGGCUUCAUAAAGAAAACUUAUCAUACAUUUUGUAUUUGCAAUAAUCAAAUGUGUUUAUAAGCAGUUGCUGCAUAGUAUGGGUUCGAGCUUUACUAGGAUUGCUAGGUACUAUCUUUUGAAUUGUUCUUUGAACUGGACUUAUGAAAUGUGAAUGUUCAAGCUGAGACCUGAGACUAGAUGUGCCUUUUGCUGAGGUGCCUUGAAUGUGACAUUCAGUUUAAAAUCAACUCUUCACAAAAUGUUGACUGUGAAGGGUGUUUAUGACUCUAUGCAAUAUUGUUUUUAUGAAUCUAAAUAUUUUGGGGUGGCUGUAUAGGACAUUUUACACUAUUACAGUGUAACCUAGGUGUGAUAGUUGAAGCUGCCACUGGAACUGUAGUUUGUAAUUGUGUAAUUUGGCAUGAUUGAUUUGUGAUUUGCUGAGAACACACUGAUUUGUAACAUUUUCUGUUAGACGACUUGUUACGUGACAGACACUUUUUAUCUGAAACUUUUUCAGAUUCCAUAUUCUAUUUAUGAAAUUGUAUGGAACAUUAAGGUAUGUGACCUUUUCCUAUGCACUGAAAUUUUGCCUGUGUAGAAAGCUUUGGAAUUAAAUAUUGUUUUUCAACUAUAUUAAACA